AUGUCAUCUUCUAGGAAGACUAUUCCGGGGACUCUACCUACACCUCCCAUAGUAGAUAUGAAAAAUGGUACUAAUGGUCAUACGAUAAAUGGGGGUUCUCAUGAUGGAUCCUUUCAUCAUAAUAAUCAUCAAUAUUUAACGACCAACAAUUAUUCCAUCAUUCCUCCUUGUACGCAUUUAACAUCUGUAUUAGAAACGAAGGCAAAGGAUACUUUAUUAAUUACAUAUAAACAAGCAGUCUGUUUAUCUAAGCCAAUCAAGGAUAAUAAUAUAUAUACUAAUAAGAAAGAUGGAACUUUAGUACCUAUAUCUCAAUUAAUUUCAAAGAAAAACCAAGCAUUAAAAUGUACUGAUUGUUCUAGUAGUGACUUACAAAAUACUUUCAUAUGUCUACAAUGUCCCCAUGUUGGGUGUUGUCUUCUUGAUCAACAUGCAUAUUCUCAUUAUAAAUUAAGUUCUCAUAUGUUUGCUAUAGAUUCCCUGUCUGGACUAUUAUUUUGCUUUCAUUGUGGAACCUAUAUUAAUCAUUCAGAAUUAGAUAAUAUUCGAGAACAUGUAUUGUAUGAAGAAGAAGAUAAUGACCCUGAUUUCAACAAAUCAAGUGAAGAUGAUGAAGAUGAUGAAAAUAAAUAUUCAUUACCUAAUUCAAUGGCGAUUGGAGGUUUGAAAGGUUUUGUGAAUUUAGGUGCUACAUGUUUUAUGAGUUCUAUAUUACAAACUUUUAUUCAUAAUCCUAUUAUAAAAUAUCAAUUUUUCAAUAACGAUUUUCAUUUCUUCAAUUGUGAUAAAAGAAAUUAUACCAAUAUUGAUGAAGAUACUAUAAUUGAUGAAAAUAAUGCAUGUAUUACUUGUAGUAUGGAUAACAUAUUCCAAUUAUUUUAUACUUCAACUUCGAAAGAAGGUUUUGGGAUGACCAAUCUUUUGGCGACAGCAUGGUAUAAAAACAAAUCAUUAGCCGGAUUUCAAGAACAAGAUGCUCAUGAAUUUUGGCAAUUUAUACUUAAUGAGUUCCAUUCUGAUUAUGAAAGGAUUUUACAAAAUUCAAAGGGCACAUUUAUCAAGAAUGAAACUCCACAUGAUCUUCACAGCUCUCAUGAAAAUUGUAAAUGCAUAACUCAUACUACAUUCUCAGGAAAAUUACAAAGUUCAAUUAAAUGCUUAUCAUGUAAAGCCAUUACAACUACGGUUGACCCCAUGGUUGAUUUAUCAUUGGAAAUAAAUCACCUUAAAAAUUCAAUUCAUUCUCAACAAGAAAUCGAUUUAUAUGAUUGCUUAGAUUUAUUCACAUCAGAAGAGAAAUUGGAUGUGAAAUACACAUGUAGAGCAUGUGGUGACAGAACAAAGGCUAUUAAAUCUUUAAAGUUAAAGAAAUUGCCUCCCAUAUUAUCUAUUCAAUUAAAAAGAUUUAAACAUAAUUCUUCUAACGAUACCUCAUCUAAAAUUGAAGAUCCUGUUCAAAUUCCCUUAUAUUUGAACAUGACAAAAUACUGUGUAGAAGCUGAGUCUGAGUCUGAGUCUAGCAGUUCAACUGGUGAAGAAAAUAUGUUCUACGAAUUAUUUGGUCUUGUUUGCCAUAUAGGUUCGGUCAAUACAGGUCAUUAUAUUGUUUUGAUCAAGAACAGACAAGGGGAAUGGUUUAAAUUCGAUGAUAGUAUUAUCUCAUUAGUUUCUCCAGAAGAGGUUCAAAAGACAAAUGCAUACUUAUUAUUCUACAUUACUCAUAAAAUAUGA